AUGGCAUCGGACAUUUUGGUGUCGUUCCUCGGGGCCAUCCAGGCUUCCGUCUCGGUCCUGCUGACGAUCUUUGUUGGGGUAAUCGGCACCCAGUACGACCUCCUCACGGCCGAGGCGGCAAAGCGCAUCUCCCGGAUGUGCGUCGAGAUCUUCCUGCCGUGCCUGCUGAUCGUCAAUCUUGGCUCCGAACUUCAUCUAGACAUGGCCUGGAACUACGUGCCCAUCCUUGGUGACCAUCACUUCCCUGGCGCUUAA